CCGGAAGUGCAGAAAAUUGAAAAAUGGAUCAACCGAGAGAAAAGGAGCAACUGUUAGCGUUAAAAGUGAUGCGGCUGACAAAGCCAAGUUUAGCCACCAACAUCCCAAUCUAUUCAGAGAGCAGGGAUAUAGCAGGAGAACUGUUUGACAAAGCCAGUGAGACGGACUUGACUGUUGUCCCUGGGAUAGAACACUUUGCACUCAGUGAGCUGCUGACUUUGCCUCAGAACUUUGGGAACAUUUUCCUUGGUGAGAUGUUCUCUAGUUAUAUCAGUGUUCACAAUGACAGCUCACAGGAGUGUAAGGAUAUAGUAGUUAAGGCUGACCUCCAGACAAGUUCUCAAAGACUAACACUUUCCACUGGAGGCACAGAUACAGCCAAAGAGCUAGGGCCUGACCAGAGCAUUGAUGAUAUUAUACACCAUGAAGUCAAGGAGCUUGGCACUCACAUAUUGGUGUGUGCCGUGAGUUAUACCACAGUACAGGGCGAGAAAAUGUACUUCCGUAAAUUCUUCAAAUUCCAGGUGUUAAAGCCACUAGAUGUCAAAACAAAAUUCUACACUUCAGAGAAAGACCUGCAUGAACAAGGGUCUGAUGAUGUUUAUCUUGAGGCCCAGAUUCAGAAUAUCACCCCUGGCCCCAUCUAUAUGGAAAAAGUAGCAUUAGAACCUUCAUCAUUUUUCACAGCAGCUGAGCUUAACACACCGAAAAAUACAAGUUGUUUGAACAAAUUAAGUAUGUCGUACCUGAACGCCAUGGAUACACACCAGUACCUCUACUGUCUCACUCCCAAGCCUGAUGUUCUGGCUAAUAACAAACAAUUGAAGGGGGUCACAAAUAUAGGCAAGCUUGACAUUGUUUGGAGAAUGAACAUUGGUGAGAAAGGUCGAUUACAAACCAGUGCUCUGCAGAGAAUGGCUCCUGGCUACGGAGAUGUCAGAGUGACUGUAGAUUCUAUACCAGAUAUAGUGGAGAUAGAGAAACCAUUCAAUGUUACUUUCAAAGUAGCAAAUUGUUGUGAGAGGAUGAUGGACCUUGUAUUAGACUUGAAGAAUUCCAACAAACAUGCUUUGUACUGGUGUGGCAUCUCAGGUCGACAGUUAGGCAAACUAGGUCCAGGGGAGAAUAUUCAACUGAACUUAACAAUGCUAGCUACAACAACUGGAUUACAGACAAUAAAUGGACUUUGGCUAACAGACUCAUUUUUAAAACGAACUUAUGAACAUGAUGACCUUGCUCAAAUAUUUGUGUAUUACGAGGGCGUAGAAUAAACAAACACAGAAUUGAAGAUGUUAAGAGCUGUAAAUGAAGUGCAAUAUCGGGAAAAAGUUACUUUUGAAGAUGGCCACCUAUUAUAAGCUGAUAAGGCCAUCUGGCUUGAGUGCUAGUCUAGCUACAAGGCCUUGUGAUCCCCCACUACACACCUUUCAUAAGGUCUUGUAUGCUCUGUGUA